AUGAGCGACCCGGUAACGGAAUCGGUUUAUCAGAAAGGCGCCAUGCCUGAGAGCAAGCCGUUCAACGAAACCCCACGGAGGGCGGACGGAGUCUCCCAGCUGUACGAGGGCAAUGUUUUUGAUGCGACACCGGACGACCGUCGCCAGAUCGGCGUCGUCAGUGCGUCUUUCCUGAUCUUCAAUCGUGUCAUCGGUACGGGUAUCUUUGCCACUCCGGCAACAAUCUUGGGAUUGUGUGGUAGUGUUGGUCUGUCGCUCUUCAUGUGGGUCGCGGGAACUGCCAUCGCCAUGGCAGGUACUGCGGUGUAUUUGGAAUGGGGUACUGCUAUUCCCAAGAACGGUGGCGAGAAGAAUUACCUCGAAUACGUCUACAGAAAACCCAAGUUCCUGGCUACGGCCAUGUUCGCUGCGUACGCCGUCUUGCUGGGGUGGGCCGCCAGCAACAGUGUCGUGUUUGGCGAGUAUAUCCUCAAUGGUGCCGAUGUGGAGGUCGGUCGGUGGAAUCAGCGCGGUAUCGGUUUGGCUUGUGUCACUGCUGCCUUCCUCAUCCACGCUCUUGCUGUGAAAUGGGGUCUCCGUCUUCAGAACUUGCUUGGUGUGAUCAAGCUGGUCAUUAUCGUGUUUGUCAUUGUCGCUGGCUGGGUAGCCCUAGCCGGUCAUACCAAGGUUGAGACGCCUCAUAACUUUAAGAAUGCUUUUGAGGGCACAACUGGCAGCGGUUAUGGUAUUGUCAUGGCUCUUUACAACGUCAUCUGGUCGUUUAUCGGAUACUCCAACGCCAACUAUGCUCUGAGCGAGACGAAGAACCCCGUGCGCACGCUGAAGCUUGCGGCGCCGAUCGCUAUUGGAUCCGUGGGUAUCCUCUACAUGCUGUGCAACAUCGCCUACUUUGCUGCCGUGUCCAAGGAAGAUAUGCUCUCAUCGGGCCAAACUGUGGCAGCUAAAUUCUUCGGGAACAUGUUCGGUGCUCGUGCGGAGAAGGUGAUGUCGGUCUUUGUGGCCUUGUCGGCUUUUGGAAAUGUGUUGUCCGUUAUCUUCUCUCAGGGACGAAUUGUCCAAGAACUUGGUCGUGAGGGCGUUUUGCCCUUCUCGAAGCUUUGGGCGAGUAACAAGCCGUUCCAUUCGCCAGCUGCCGGUCUGUUUGAGCACUGGGUCGUCUCAGUCAUCAUUAUGCUGGCUCCCCCGCCGGGUGAUGCGUACAAUUUCCUGCUCAACCUGAUCUCCUAUCCUCUAUCCAUCGUGAACGUCUUCGUGUCCGGCGGUCUUAUCUAUAUUUACCUCACACGUUCAACACGCUUUCCUGACUGGGCUCCAGGGAUCCGCGCGACCCUCCCAGUCACCAUCUUUUUCUUCCUGUCAAACGUAUACCUGGUCAUUGCACCAUACAUUCCACCCUCUGAGGGACAGAGUGUUUACAAAUCACUUCCCUACUACCUUCACUGUGUCGUGGCGCUCGGCAUCUUUGCCUUUGGCGCGAUAUACUAUGUGGUGUGGACGAUUCUGAUGCCACGCUUUGGUCGCUACAUGCUGGUCAAAGAAACCGUGGUCGACGCUGAUGGCUGGUCCAGAAGCGUUUUCACUCGGCUGCCGCUCGCGGAAGCUGAGCGAGUUUGA